AUGUCAAUUUAUACUACAAUUACUGCUUCAUUACCAUUUAUCGAAGUCGAUUUAAAUAUAAGUCCACAACAAAUGUCUAUGUUUAUUAAUGGUCUCAAAUAUGUUAUACUAUGUCAAAGUCAAUUUUCUUCUAAAUCUAUCGAGCAACUUGUAUCUGAACAAUAUCAAAAUUUAUCGACAACUGUAAAAAACUGUCUACAAGAUCAUCAAAUACCAACUGCAAAUAAACGAGCAGAAGAAGCAUUUCAAGCAUUACAAUGUAUCCUACAUGAAUUACAAUCAAAAAAGCUAUCCAGAAAAUUAGAAAAACGUGCAAAACGUGAAUACAAAAUCGUACAAAGUAUUCGACGUCUUUUACGCGACCGGUCAGAUAUUGUUAUACGUCGUACAGAUAAAAGCAAAGUAUU